AUGGAGAGCCCCCGCCUGCGGCUGCUGCCCCUCCUGGGUGCCGCCCUGCUGUUGCUGCUACCUCUGCUGGGCACCCUAGCCCAGGAGGCCGCCGAGCUCCAGCCGCGAGCCCUGGACAUCUCCUCCGCCGUGGAGGAUGCCUCCCAUGAGAAGGAGCUGAUCGAAGCGCUGCAGGAAGUUCUGAAGAAGCUCAAGAGUAAACGUAUUCCGAUUUAUGAGAAGAAGUAUGGCCAAGUCCCCAUGUGUGACGCGGGUGAGCAGUGCGCCGUGCGAAAAGGAGCUAGGAUCGGGAAGCUGUGCGACUGUCCCCGAGGAACCUCCUGCAAUUCCUUCCUCCUGAAGUGCUUAUGA